AUGGAUGUCAUUGGACCCAUCGAGCCUGCCGCCUUGAAUGGACAUAGAUUCAUCUUUGUUGCCAUAGAUUAUUUCACCAAAUGGGUGGAAGCUACAUCGUACAAAUCAGUGACAAAGAAGGUGGUAGCUGAUUUUGUGCAAAAAAACAUCAUAUGCUGCUUCGGUGUACCAGAGUCCAUCAUAAAAGACAAUGGACCGAAUCUGAACAGUCACCUGAUGAAGAAUAUCUGUGAACAAUUCCAAAUCACCCAUCAAAAUUCAACUACCUACCGGCCACAAAUGAAUGGAGUUGUGGAAGCCACAAACAAGAAUAUCAAAAGGAUAUUAAGGAAAAUGAUGGAUAACUACAAGUGCUGGCAUGAACAAUUGCCUUAUGUAUUUCUAGGAUACUGGACGACAGCUCGAACUUCGACAGGGGCAACUCCGUACUUUCUCAUCUAUAGGACUAAAGUAGUCAUACCUGCCGAGGUCGAAAUACCAUCACUGAGAAUCAUUCAGGAAGCAGAGUUGGACAACGCAGAAUGGGUCCGAAGUCGAUAUGAGCAACUGGCUCUAAUUGACGAAAAGAGGAUGAUUGUCGUAUGUCACGGUCAAUUAUACCAAUAA